CUCAAAAGAGAGAGAGAGAGAGAGAAAAGAGGAGAAGGCAGCCAUGAAGAAUCUCUAUAGGAAAGGCAAGGUCCAUCCCUCACCAUCACAUGUGGCCCCCCAUCAAACAGACCCGAUUCUCUCCCUCCUCUGCAACCUUCCAUCCACCAUCCUAACCCUCACAGCAGCUCUUCUCCCAGAAGACAGGCAAGUUCUUGCAUACCUUCUCAACAACAACAACAACAACUACAACAACAACAACAGCAACAGAAAAAACAAUAACAACAACAACAAUAAAAAGAAAACCCCAGAAGAGAAAAGAGGAGAACACCCUCCUCUCUUCGAUUGUAGCUGUUUCAGAUGCUAUAUGAGCUUUUGGGUGAGGUGGGAUUCUUCCCCAAAUCGUCAGUUGAUUCAUGAAAUCUUAGAAGCCUUUGAAGACAGCUUGCAGAAAGCACCCAAGCAGAAAAAACAGCAGCAGCAGAAGAGAAAGGGAAGAAGAGGUGACGCUGAUGGAAGUAGUAGUGAUGUUUCUGGGGAGAUUUUGAAGGAUAGCUGUUUGGACUGUGAGGAUCAUCUUGAGGGUGUUGGGAUUGAUGAAGAAGAAAAGAGCACCGUUGGAAGGUUUGUUAGUUUUAUUGGAGAGAGGAUUUGGGGUGUGUGGAAUCAAUAAGGUGGGCCUCUUUUUUCUUUUCUUCUCUCUCUUUUUUGUCUGUAUGAUAUACUCAAGAAGGGGUUUUUUUUUAUUUUAUUUUGUGGAACUUUUGAGGGGAUAGAUGUCAUCUUUUCUUUAGAACUGAUAUUUACAACCCAUAGUACACCGCAAGUUUUAUAUGGAUGAUAUACUCUUUUUGUUUCAACUUUC